AAAUCACAAAGCACUUCCUCUCUCUCCUCUUUCUCUUUCUCUCUCUACUUUCCUAGAAAAUUAUUUCAAAUUUUUCUUCAUAUAUUUUCCCAGGAAAAUGGGAAAGCUUAGCUUGAACUGCUGCAAUAGCUUUCUUGAGAAUUCAAAACCUUAUUUUGCAAUGAUAUCCUUACAAUUUGGAUAUGCUGGCAUGAAUAUCAUCUCUAAAGUCUCUCUUAGUAGAGGGAUGAGUCAUUACGUCCUCGUCGUUUAUCGACAUGCUUUCGCUACCGCUUCUAUCGUCCCCUUCGUUCUCUUCUUCGAACGGAGAGAACAGCCAAGGAUAACACUCAAAGUUUUUAUACAAAUAUUUGUGUUGGCUUUGCUCGGCCCGGUUAUCGAUCAAAAUUUCUACUAUGCUGGGCUAAAAUAUACUUCACCAACUUUCUCUUGUGCCAUGAGCAACAUGCUGCCUGCAAUGACAUUUGUGAUGGCUGUGAUAUUUAGGAUGGAAAAAUUGGAGAUGAAGAAAUUGAGAUGCCAAGCAAAAGUUUUGGGAACUUUAGUGUCAGUGGCUGGAGCAAUGUUGAUGACUUUAUACAAAGGUUCACUUCUUCAAAUGCCUUGGUCUAAACAUUCUCAUCAUCUCACCAAUUCUAAUGAAACUUCCAACAACAAAGAUUGGUUCAAAGGCUCCAUUUUCCUCAUCAUUGCUACUCUUGCUUGGGCUUCUCUCUUUGUUUUGCAGAAUCAAGCAUUGAAGACAUACAAGAACCAUCAAUUCACUCUCACUACACUCGUGUGUUUUCUUGGGACUUUGCAAGCCAUAGCUGUUACUUUAGUAGCUGAGCACAAAGCUUCUGUUUGGAGAAUUGGUUGGGAUAUGAAUCUUCUUGCUGCUGCCUAUGCUGGAAUUGUGACAUCAAGUAUUUCAUACUAUGUACAAGGGCUAGUGAUGAAAAAGAGAGGACCUGUAUUUGCAACUGCAUUUAGCCCUUUGAUGAUGAUAAUUGUAGCUAUUAUGGGCUCUUUCAUCUUGGCUGAAAAGAUUUUUCUUGGAGGAAUAAUUGGAUCCAUCUUGAUAGUAUUUGGGCUAUAUUCAGUACUUUGGGGAAAGCACAAAGAGAAUUUGGAGAUUAAAACUGCUGAUGAUGAUGAUGAAAUACCAGAAGCUAUCAAGCCUUCUUCUCAACUAAAUAUUAAUAAUAAUAAUAAUAAUAAUAAUAAUUCAAUUUUCAUUUCCAUGCCUACCCCUGAAAAACCCCCAUCAAACCCAACCAAAUCCCAAGAGAAUAAUUGAGGGAAAAAGGGGUAUUGGGAGGGGCUUUUUUGUCUUUUCAUAUCUCUCUCCCUCUCCUAUAUUUAUGAUGUUUGAGUUCUUGGGUUUUGUAGUAAUAUUUGUAUUAUUGGCAAUAUAUAUAUUUGAUGUGAGUUGGGAA